UACACCGCAAAAUGUAUUCUGUGAAAAAUGUGAUUUUUUCGCUGUUGUUCGGUUUGUUGAAUUUUAAGUUUGCGCAACCCUUGAAUUGCACCACCUGCUUAAGCUUACUAAACUGGUCGGAAUGUCAGGAGCUAGGCAUCCCGCUUCCCUGUACGAUCGAAGUUGCAAAUGGAAUGCACGAAUUAUUGGAUGAAUUUAACACACAACUAGUGCCCGCUGAUCCAGGAACGAAUGUUUCCUUCCAAUGCUUCUCCCUUCAUCUGGAAUUGACGAAACCACUAGGUGGAGUUGUAAAUGCUGGAUUCUCCCAGGGAUGCACUUUCGAGCACUCGAACAUCUGUGAAGGUUGGGUCAGCAGUCUGACCGUGGUUCAGUGUACAACUUGUUCCACCGGCGAUUACUGUCCGAGCGGUGAAGCGGUGCUAUUUAGCUCCUUAUUUCUCACAGUCGUAUCUGGACUAAUAGUAUUGUGGAAUUAUUCGAGAAAAUUCGUGCUUUGAGUCACCAACUAAGAUAACUAAGAUUUGAAGCACAAUUUGUACCUGUAGCAUAAUCAAAUAAAAUAAGGCACAGGUAUUC